GGAGGUGUUGGUGUUUGGGACGACGACAUGGGAGAUGGAAUGCAAUGCAGCAAUCAUCCUUACAGAAAUAACCCAGGUGGGAUCUGUGCUUUUUGCCUGCAAGAGAAGCUAGGGAAGUUGGUUUCUUCUUCUUUUCCUUUACCUAUUCGUGGCUCACCUUCUUCUUCUUCUUCCCCUCCUCCUUAUAGAUCUGAUACUGUUCCCAUUUCCGCCGCUGGCGGCGGUGGUGUUGCUACUUCUACUUCUCUGGCUAUUGUUCGUCCCGUGUCAACCGGGAAUGGUAAUGCUAACAAUGAUAAUGGUCGUUAUGAGGAAUGCUAUACAAGGAAAGCUAGGAUCCCUUUCCUGUUGGCGAAGAAGAAGAAGAAGAUGGUGGUUGCAUCAUCGGAUCAUCCUUAUCAUCAUCAUCACCAUCAUGGUGUUAAUAUUGCUUUUAAGAGGAGCAAGUCAACUACAGCUCCCAUUAGAGGGCGGUUCUUGGAUGGUGACCGUGGUGGGGACUUAAGCCCUAGAAAAAGAAGCGGUUUUUGGUCAUUUCUCUACCUUUCUUCCAAGACCCAUGGUUCGAAAAAGCUAGAUAAAGUUGCUUCCGUAGCACCACCUCCGGCCACCGUCUCAACAUUGGCAGCUGGAGGAGCUUCGUCAUCUGGUUCUGUAGUGAAGCCGAAGGAGAAAACCCUAGGUUCAUCUAGGAAAGGAGGCAUUGUUGUAGUACAAGACGACGAUAUCCCCCAUAACGAAACCACUCCUUCAGCUGAUUCGUCGUUCGAGCGGAAGGUCUCGAGAUCCAGGUCCGUCGGGUGCGGAAGCCGGAGCUUCUCAGGCGAUUUCUUCGAGAGGAUCUCCACCGGACUCGGAGACUGCACUCUUAGGCGAGUCGAAUCCCAAAGAGAAGGCAAACCAAAAGCUUCCACCGCAGCCGUCGGCGCAUCGUCUGCAAUCAAAGAAAGGGUCAAAUGCGGUGGCAUUUUCAGCGGUUUCAUCAUCACUUCAUCGUCUUCUUCCUCGUCAUCGUCUUCCUACUGGCUAUCUUCUUCAGCCGAGGAUCAUAACGUCAAUGGCAAGAGUACCAAGAGCCGGGGAUGGGCCUUUGCUAGUCCCAUGAGAGCUUUCACCAAGCCUUCUUCCGGUAAGAAAGACAACACCACCGUUAUUAGAGAAUCCAACAGCAAAAACACUACACCAAAUCUUUCCGACAUUCCUUCAUUGUUAGCCGUUAGAAGCUAAAGAAGUGAGGAACUUGCAGGCUAUUGGUUCCGGUUAAAUAGUUAUUACAUGUUUAUUUUCCAUGUUUAUGAUCUUUUCUUAGAAAGACUAUUCUUUACACCCUUGUUCUUACUUAAUUGUUCCUACUGGUUUACAUAUAUCUGCAAAUAAUUUUAUUUUGAACUGUUUAUUGUG